AUUCGAUACCUCGGGUUGCUUCCAUGACUAGUUAAGGGCCGCCGCCGCUUGGUUUCGCUGCACGACUCUAACAACACAGAUACGGACUCUUGUACACAGUGCGGGCACGGUACACCCAGCGUUUUUUCGAAUCAAGUUGUUUUUUCGAAUCAAGCUCUGAAUACUCCUUGAUCCUGGACUCCCAAACAGCAGGAUAGACCGUGGACUCGAAGGGUAAAUUUUGUGGUUUCAGGUUCAGUCAACUAAAGACAUUUGCGGCAUAUCCGCCAGAAACGACUCAAAUCACGGCCACUCGCCUAUAAAGACCAUCGCUUCUCUAUAAGCAAGAUGCCCAAAUCCAUGACUCUCAGUCCUGAGGAUAUAUUCUCCGAUGAAUCUAGCUUCUAUGGCUCUGAGGAAGAAACAACACAGAUGGAAAGAGUGGCAGCCACAUAUAAUCCAGAGACUUACUGGAUAAGAAUCCACCCGCACCUCCUAACCACAAUCCAGGCUCGAAAUCAAGAAGUAAACAGACAGCCCUCCAGAUCGGCCGAAGAAAAGAACAAGAUGGCUUAUUCACCAAUGGAUAUCGACACUGACACUAGCUACCUCCCUCGCAAUGAACCGGGCCCAAAUGAAUCCAGCACCGACUUUCUCAAACGCGUAACUCCCUCAACUACAAGAGAGGAAGACGUCGGCCCCUGGAUUUAUGUGCAUACAGACCAGCUUGCACGCCACAAAGAAGACCAAGCAGCAUUUAUCACCAAGGGUCUCGAAGCCCUAGAUGAGUUUGUGGACCAAGAAAGAAAGUUGCGCGAAGAAAACGACCAAAAGAAGGGGAGCGCCAUUGCCCUAUCCCGAAAAGUGAAACCCUUACAGCGCGAGUUAGAAAGACACGUCUUCGAAAUUGCACGCGAAACAAACUGCAUCACGGGCAAGUGGAUGAUGUUCAUUACGCCCGACCAGAUUGAUUCAUACUGGCAAGCUGUUGCUGACGCCACAAUGAAAGGGCUUCUGGGAAUUUGCGCCAAGGUUGCUACGUUAUCGGGUUCGGAUGAGCGAAACAAGGCUCGGCUUAUGGCGGUUUACACAAGGGACUAUGACGAUAUUGCGGAUGUGAAGCGCGUGUUGAGAAAGCUUGUGGAAUUGAAGCUUGUGAAAAGAGGGGAACGACCGAUUUAUUACAAAAGGGAUGCGCUGACGUAUUUGAAUAUCAAAUCGGGGAAUCGCUAUGGAAUGAAGGUGACGGCGUUAUCGAGUGUGGAUGUAUUGGGUGGGAAGGUCUGA